AUGAAGAGAAAUCGUGAUGACAAUUCAGGUGGUGAAGAGGGUGAAGAGACUACUGGUGGCCCGCUAUCACCUUCACAGCAACAACAACAAUCAAAGCAACAGCAGACAACAUCACCAACAUCUAUCUCUCAGCUUACCUCACCGUCAAACCAGCUGCCCAAGAUGAAUCAAAUGUUCUCAUUACCACCACCUUCGGCUGCCUCUGCAAGCAUAUCACCACCUGCCGCUGCACCUGCGACAACUACAACUACAACAACUACUACCACGUCAUCGCCACAACAACAACAACAACAAUCAGGUAGCGAACGUGAAAGAGACAGAGAACGUGAUAAAGAACGUGAACGUGAAAGAGAGAGAGAACGAGACAGAGAAAGAGAGACACGCGACCGUGACAGAGAAAGAGAACGUGGGGGAGAAAGAGGUGUUGGAGGAGAAAGAGAUAUGGUACAACCACGUCUACCAUCACCAUUUGAAGGUGGUGAGCGUGGACAACUCCCAUCAAUGGCACAUCAAGGAUUACAUCAUCACCUCGGAUCACCUCCAGGUGCAGGUGGAGGAAACUCGUCACCUCCUCACCAGACACUCCCAUCCUUUUCAAUCACAGGACAAGCUCAACGUAUUUCCCAAAUGUUGGGACCAUCCUUUAAUUAUGGACCCGCACAUAUGAUCCAACGCGAAUCACCUCAACCCCAACAACAGCCACAACAACCUCAACAGCCACAACAACCAACUACUCCACAACCACAACAAAGAGAGUCACAACCACGACCAGGUAGUACAACAGGCUACCCUCCAAUUGGUAGAGAGUCUAUUUCACCCGUCCCACCUCAAUCCCAGUCUCCUACCGGCACUGCAGCCCAACAACCUCAACCUCAACAACAAACUGGCUCGUCGCAAACCCCACAAAGACAAGCUCAAUUUGACAAUGCAUUCAAUUUCCUCGAGCAAGUAAAAUUACAAUUUGCCAAAGAACCUCAGAUUUACAAUCAAUUCCUUGAUAUUAUGAAGGAUUUAAAGGCUCACAAUAUUGAUACACCGGGAGUGAUUGCAAGAGUAAAAGAGUUGUUCAAGGGACAUAGACAUUUGAUUUUGGGAUUUAAUACGUUUUUGCCAACCGAGUAUCGCAUCGACUUGCCAUUGGACGAGGAGAGAUUCUCGGUGCCAUCGCCAACCUCUCAAUACCAACAGCAACAACAACAGCAGCAACAACAGGUCGCACAGCAACAACUGCAACAACAAGCCGCUGCUGCUGCCGCCGCUCAACAGCAACAGCAACAACAGCAGCAGCAACAACAACAGAAACUGGCUCAGCAGCAGUUACUCCAACAACAGCAGCAACAACAACAUCUGUUGCAACAGCAACAACAGCAACAGCAGCAACAACAACAACAACAGAAAUUGCAACAACAACAACAAAAGCAGCAACAGCAACAACAGCAACAACAGCAACAGGUCUUGCUCCAACAACAACAGCAACAACAACAACUCCUUUUGCAACAACAAGCUGCCGCUGCCCAACAACAGCAACAACAACAACUCCUUUUGCAGCAGCAACAACAGCAACAACAAAACCCUAAUAACCAAAAGAAGCAGAUGGAGUUGGACCACGCCCGAAACUAUGUCAAAAAGAUCAAGGACCGCUUUGUCCAUCAACCCUACAUUUACAAGCAGUUCUUGGAGGUGUUGCACAACUACCAACGCGAGCAACAACCGAUCCACGAGGUCUACGAACAGGUUGCUGAGCUGUUCAAGCAACACGGUGAUUUGUUGAUCGAGUUUAGACAGUUCCUUCCCGACCAAGUGUCCAACCAACCCACCCCUCCACCAACCAUGCAACAACAACAAAUGAUGGCACAGCAAAUGACUACACAACCAGUUGUCAUGCAACAACGACAACAGCAACAACAACAACCACCCCAAGCCAAACAACGUGGUGGUCGUGCCAACAAUAAUGCCAAUUAUCCUGGCGCAGGAAAACAACAAAUGAUGGAGGGAAUGGAAAGAAUGGAACCACGCGGUCUAUCGAUUCAACAACAACAAAUGCAACAACAGAUUCAACAACAACAGUUGCAACAACAACAACAUAUCCAACAACAACAGCUGCAUAUGCAUAACCAACAAAUAUUGCCACCUCAUCUUCAAGCUCAGCAACAACAACAACAGCAACAUAUGAUUAGUGGUGGUGAUAGAAGAAAGAGAAAUAGAAAGCCUGGAGAUAUUGAUAUGGCUCACUAUGAACAACCAGUUGUUAACCAACCAUCGUACGAAGAGAUUGAUUUCUUUACAAAGGUCCGUCAAGGUGUUGCCAGUCCAAAGUUUUACCACGAGUUUCUCAAAUGUCUCAAUCUCUUUAGUCAGGAAAUCAUCUCUAGAACAGAAUUGGUACUCUUGGUAAAGGAUAUCCUCCUCCCACGUCAACCACUCUUGUAUGAUUGGUUCAAAUCAUUUAUUGGUGUUGAUGAACAAUCACUUGAAAUCCUUGAAAGACAAGAACAAGCUCUUUCUCCAAGUAAACAAAAUGCUUGGUCAGAAGUUGAUUUCUCAACUUGUAAAAGACUUGGUCCAAGUUAUAGAGCUUUACCAAAAAAUUAUCCACAACCAAAAUGUACAGGUAGAACAGAAUUAAGUGCAUCAGUAUUAAAUGAUGUUUGGGUAUCUUUCCCAACUGGUAGUGAAGAUUUUGGAUUCAAGAGUCAGCGAAAGAAUCAAUUUGAAGAAAUUCUUUUCAAAUGUGAAGAUGAAAGAUUUGAAUUGGAUUUGGUUAUUGAAUUAAAUGCUUCAACAAUUAAAAUCCUAGAUCCAAUAUAUCAAACUCUUUCAGAAUUAAAUGAAAAUGAUAGACAUCAUUUUAGAAUUCCAACACUUGAUGUAUUGCAUCAUAGAAGCAUUGAAAGAUUAUAUGGUAAUAGAGGUGUUGAAAUGGUAACAAUGAUGUAUCAAAAUCCAUUUGGUGCACUUCCAAUUAUUAUUAAACGUCUAAAACAAAAGGAUCAAGAGUGGACCAAGGCCAAACGUGAAUGGAACAAGGUUUGGAAGGAAACCACUGAAAAGAAUUAUUAUAGAUCUUUGGAUUAUCAAUCAACCUAUUUCAAGCAAUCUGAAAAGAAGAAUUUAACUCCCAAGAUGUUAUUGGCAGAGAUUAGACAAAAGUUUACUGAAAAGUUAAAGGAAAAGGAGGAAAUUAUAUCAAACGCAUCAAAGAGAAGAGGAAAGAACCAAAUUGCUCAAUCACCUCCAUACCAUUUAUUGUAUAGCAUGAUAAACUACAAGGUUUGCUCGGAUAUUUCAAAUUUAAUUAUAUUUGCUGCUGAAAAGAUGGUCCAGAACAAACAAGACAUUGAAAAGAUUGAAAACUUUUUGAAUUUCUUCUUGCUAUCAUUCUUUUUCCUCAAGGACGAGAAAUACCAACAACAACGUUCUUCUACCUUUGAAACUCCUUCUCUUCAAGAAACUACAGUUGAUGAAAAGGAUCAAGAAAAGGAAAAAGAAAAAGAAAAAGAAGGUGAAGAAAAGGAAAAAGAAAAGGAAGGUGAUGAAAAGGAAAAAGAAAAGGAAUCAACAUCUGGAGAUGUAGAAAUGAAGGAUUCAGAACAAUCAACAACAACCACCUCUACAACAGGAGCUUCAUCAUCGUCCUCUUCAAACAACAACAACAAUGAUAAGCAUCAAUCAACAUUUAAUUUGAUCUUACCAAAGUUGGUAUCGGAAAAGGAUACUAGAGUAUUUUUCGGUAAUAAUACUUUUUAUAUCUUUUUGAGAUUGUAUCAAAUUCUCUAUGAAAGAUUAUUCAAGGUAUUUGAUUUGGCAGAGACUGCCAAGGAAGCACAUUGGACAUCCAAGCCAAACGUAACAAGAUUCUUUAGAAAUAUGCAACAAAACUCGUCCGAUCAAAACAACGAGUCAAUGGAUGGUGUAGAAGAAUCAAACACUUCGGAAUCUGAACUCAGCGAACAAGAGAGAUACGACAGAUUCCUCAAGUGUCUUAUGGAAUUGAUUGCUGGUAAUAUCGAUCAAUCAGCUUAUGAAGAUAGUUGUCGUUCAUAUCUUGGUAUUAGUUCAUAUAUUGUAUUUACUCUUGAUAAAUUAAUUAAUCAAUUAACUAGACAAUUGCAAUCAUUAUUAUCAAGUGAAAAUUGUUUAAAGUUGUUGUAUCUAUUUACAUUGGAAGUUAAACAACCAUCGGGAUGGAAGGAUGAAUUAUAUCAUUCCAAGGUGAUUGAAGUAUUAAAAGAGGAUAGAAUCUUUUUGUUUGAAUUUGAGACCAAGGGAUCUUCAAUGGGUGCAUUCACCAUUGAAUUGUUGGAGCCAACCAGUCCAACCAUGCUCAAAAACGCCGAAGACACCAUCGCCGAGAACGAGAAGCUUGUCCAACAAGCCGACUCUUAUAUGGAUCGUGCCAAACAAUAUGUCAAUGACUUUAAGCACUUGGACUCGACCAUUGACCCACGCCAAUACAAGGUGUUUUUGCUCCGUAACAUCCCCAAGGACAUUUCGGUUGACCAGGCCAUGGACAACACCAUCAACGAAACUGGAUUGGAGUGUCGUAUCUGUACACAAACCUUUAGACUCUUCUAUGUCGAGGACACUGAAGACUUUUUCUUUAGAAAGGGCAAGGUUCCAAAGGCAAGCGACAAGAAGAUCGACUUGGAAAAAAUUAAAAAACAUUGUAUUAAUCCAUCAACUUCACCAAACAAGAAUUAA